AUGACUUUAGACUCCAUGAUGGCUUGUUGCCUGAGUGAAGAGGCGAAGGAGUCCAAACGAAUCAACGCCGAGAUCGAGAAGCAACUCCGGCGAGACAAGAGGGACGCGAGGCGGGAGCUGAAGCUCCUUCUGCUGGGGACUGGAGAGAGUGGCAAGAGCACCUUCAUCAAGCAGAUGAGAAUAAUCCAUGGGUCAGGCUACACGGAUGAGGAUAAGAAGGGCUUCACCAAACUGGUCUACCAGAACAUCUUCACCUCCAUGCAGGCCAUGAUCCGUGCAACGGAGACCCUCAAGAUACCGUACAAGUACGAACAGAACAAGAACAACGCCCAGGUGGUGCGCGAGGUGGACGUAGAGAAGAUUGCCUCGUUCGAGCAGCCUUACACCAGCGCGAUAAAGAUGCUGUGGGCCGACCCUGGCAUCCAGGAGGCCUACGAUCGCAGGAGAGAGUACCAGCUCUCCGACUCAACCAAAUACUAUCUAAGUGAUCUGGAUCGUAUCGCUGAACCGUGCUAUCUACCAACCCAACAGGACGUGCUUAGGGUUCGAAUCCCGACCACUGGGAUCAUAGAAUACCCUUUCGACUUGCAAAGCAUCAUUUUCAGGAUGGUGGAUGUAGGGGGUCAGAGGUCAGAGCGGAGGAAGUGGAUCCACUGCUUCGAGAACGUCACCUCCAUCAUGUUUCUGGUGGCGCUCAGCGAGUACGACCAGGUCCUGGUGGAGUCGGACAACGAGAAUCGAAUGGAGGAGAGUAAAGCUCUGUUCAGGACCAUCAUCACAUAUCCGUGGUUCCAAAACUCCUCCGUCAUCCUCUUCCUCAACAAGAAGGACCUGCUGGAGGAGAAGAUCAUGUAUUCCCACCUGGUCGACUACUUCCCGGAGUUUGAUGGCCCGCAGAGGGACGCGCAAGCCGGUCGCGAGUUCAUCUUGAAGAUGUUUGUGGACUUGAACCCCGACAGCGACAAGAUCAUCUACUCCCAUUUCACGUGCGCCACCGACACGGAGAACAUCCGCUUUGUCUUCGCCGCCGUCAAAGACACCAUCCUGCAGCUCAACCUCAAAGAGUACAACCUGGUGUGAAGAGGGAGGGAGAGCAAGACCUGCAGGCCCCCGACCACCACCACCAUCACCACCACCCCCCCACCCUCCCCCGGCCACAUACACACACACACACACACACACACAAUGCAGAGUCCCACACAUCUGCACACACCGCUGCUCAAAGAGCUUCAUUCUUUACCAGACCAACACUAUCAUGUACUGUUUCUUUGCCUAUCUUUGAAAAAGAAGAGUGUUUGUGUUCUUUGUGGCUCUGAUAAUUGCUCUCCUUGUACAAAAACAGUGCUCCUCUCACUCGUGCCCCCCCCCCCCCCCCCCCCCCCCCUCUCUCUCUUUUGGUCAUUUGGGCCCCGCUCACAUGUUGUUGUUUUGUUUUUAGUUUUUUUUCUUCUUUACACUACAUUAUCACCAGUGCUUGUGUUUUGAGGCGGGAUGGAGGGCCUUCCCCGGGUAGAAGGGGCUUUAAAGGACAAAUCCCCCCCCCCCCCCCCCCAUUCUCAUUUAACCCAUGCACGCAACACACUACAGCAGGAGGGCUGCAGAACCAGGACCGCUCCCCUGCAAAGGGUAACUCACUACGAUGUUGGGCAGUGCCGGGGUGCAGUGAAGUACUUGGUUCCCCCUGCGUAUUGAUUUGUGUAUUUGAAUCCUUUUUUUCUUUCUUCCCAAUCAGAGCACAGAAACUGGUGAAUGUAAAUAAUGUUUUCAUGCUGCUCACACAGAGUGAGCGCUCUCUGUUUGAACCUCUUCGGCUACGUUGACUUCUUACUGCUUUUGAUCGCCGAUUACAAUCGAAUUGAAGUUGACGGCUCAAAGAAAUGAAAUGCUCCUCUUUGCAAGUGUUAACGUACUUGGUGAAACGUAAGAACUAGGAGACGAGCGCUACCGGUUUUUACAUGCUGUUUAUCGACACGCCUGUCCUUUUGUAUCACAUUGCCAAAAUUAAAACCACCGACUUUUUGUUUCUGUAAAUAUAAUCCGCUAUCUGGUUUGUCCUUUUCAAGUGUUCAGAUGCUAACAAAUGUGUUUGGAAACAGGUAUUGCAGAAAUUAAGUGCUUCAAUAAUUACUUGGACCCUUCGACUGUUUUUAUUUUUUUUCUUGUAAACUGUCUGAAUCACACACUCGUAUUAAUUAGAACUGUUUUAUUUUCUGUUCCCUUUGAUGCUGAGAAUGAUCUUCCUGUGCACAGUGUGGAUGAUGAUACCAGAUCAGUAGAGUGCAAUAGUGGGUUGUAGAUAGUUUUUGCGCUGAUCAUCCUUACGGCUUCUCUCUGUAAUCCACCUGAUCUUGCAGUGUUAUUGGGCCGACGUUUGAUAAACCUUAAACGGAUAUUAGAAGAGUGAAGUUUCUUACAUCUAAUUCAACAUGGGUGGUGUUGGUGCAGUAAAUAAGACUCCCUCCCUAGUUUCAGCCCCAAAAGUUUUUCCCACUGAGACGGGAGAUUUUUUACUGCUGUGAAAUAUCACAAAUAUUUUAUGGCCGAGUGUUUUAUCUCUGCAAUUCUGUUUCGCCGUGUUCGACCACGGUGGGGGUGAAAUAAUUCUGUCGGGUUUGUGCUUCAUGCAAAAAGGAAAAUUGAACCAGACCAGCAAAGUGGUUGGAUACAAACCGUUCAUGGAUGCUCUCAUUUUGAAUAAGUUUGGUAUCUGUACCGUUCCCAUAUCGCGUCUCCUGGUAGUCGUUGGAAUAUUCCAUUUUAAGCUGAACGCUGACAGGUGGCGAUUUCUGUCCUCAAUGUACUUCAGGUAAGUCGUUUUCAUCACAAGGGCUACUAGCAGCUUCGGUAGGAAUGACGCGCCUGGCUAUCCAAACCAAACCAUCCUUUUUUCCGGUCCAUGAGUUCUAUGCUGAACUUCUUGGCUUUAAUAUUUUCCACUGUGUGGUUAUGCAUAUUUGGCUUAUCUUCUCAUGGGUAGCGUUCCCAUGUUGGACUUUGGCAUCGUUGGAGUGGGAAGGAGGGGAGUUCUCGGGACAUUUUGACCUUGACGUUUGACUUUUUUUUUUUUUAAUGCACAUUCACAGAGCCGGAAGGGUCAGAUUUGAACAUCGGAGAGCGAUUACAGAUCCUGCCGUUCUCCCUCCUGUGUAUCUUUUCUGAAAGGGUUUACAAAUCCAGAGAAGCAGUGGGGAUCUGCUGACAUUUACUUUGCCUUGGUUUCAUCCACAUGCACCCAUCGUCACUUCUUUAGUGUAAGCGUGUACAUCGUGUUGAUGAAGCAACUUGUGUGCAUCCCGAGACGUGUAUACUUAUGCGCAGUGCCAUCAUUUUCCAUGACUUGAGACAACAUGUCCCGUUGGUCCCCGCGAGGAUCUGGUUAUUUAGCGCGUCGGCCGUGGGUUAAUCUUUGGUGCUUCGGUAGACAUUUAAAGGCCUGUUUUGUUUCUUUCCGAGUCAAUCGUGCACGCUUCUCGCUUUAGAAAUGAAGAGCUCAUGUACCUUUUUGAUGUGCGGAUGAAUAAACUAGCUGUCAAACUGUAUGAAAUUCUUGGAGAGAAAUGUUGUGUUCUGGGAUAACAUGGUGUCUUUUUUUUUUUUUUCCCCCCCAACUAUCCUCAGCUUGGCCUUCAGGAAGCUCACGCCAUUCACACUUGACCCCCCCCUCCCUCAACAGUUUGUUAUAAUUGUAGAUGAGCUAAAUGGACUGCUAUGAGCACGCUUGACUAAAUGAAGGUGACCGGCGUUGGCGCCAUGUUGUGCUCUUUAGGAAGAAAAAGGUUGUUGGAUCAGGUUUCCCAUUGCCGGCUCAUUUUUGCGCUUCACCCCCUGUCCCGGUUUGCUCUUCGCCGCCCGCAGGAGACCGACGCCGGGAAACUCCCGUGGCUGCAGCACCAGUAAUGAGAACCGGGUCGUUGUCUUGAGGUUUUGCACUUAAUUUUGCUUUGUUCCGCGUGGAAUCCAUUGUGGAGAGUGUUUGUACGAAACACUGCGCCAAACCAAAUCAAUCGGGCACAGACGAGCUAUUAAAUAAUGAAUUAAUAAUAAUUUGUCAUCUGACUCAAAGCUGUGGUAACCCCCCCCCACAAAAUGAAGCUAGUGUGUAAAGCCUCAGUAUUAAUGUAUUUAUUGAAACACUUCCCAAGUGAAGGUACUGAAAUGGCCAUUUUAUAACAUUUUGGUGGUUGUAAUUGUGAGUGACGGAAUGAAUGAAUAUGCUGUGUGUUUACAUGUCUGCCAUUCUGACCACCCCCUCCUGCCUCCCCCCUUACUUGAUUGGACUGUGUGUUCUCUCCCUGGGUCGAAGGCACUGAAACUGCACCACUGCGACGGGCCUGCAUUCAUGCAACUUGCGUGUCCGCUCAAGCGCACUUGUCGGUACUCUUUGAGGUGUGUGUGUGUGUGUGUGUACACUUUUAAAGGCUAUUGCUUAACGCUUGAGAUCCAUUCUGAUUCGAGGGAUGGACAUACAGUGAUAUUAAAGGCUCUUUGCAUCGUUUCUUUUGUAAGGUUGACACACCUUUUACGCGUGUAUUUAGGACCACUUGAGAUGACACUUUUUUUAAGGAGUUCAAACAAACUUUGUGUAGUGGUGUACAAAUUGAAAGUAAUGUAUUUUUGUUUUGAUUCUUUUUUUUUUCUUUUUUAAGUAUACCAAAUGUAAAUUAUGUACAAUGAGUGUGCCAAUCCCCUUUCUUUGUAUAGCCAGACUCUUAACAAGUGCCAAUGUUGUGAAAAAUCAGAGGGCCUGUGAAUUUCAAGGUCCAGUUUUUAAAAGAAAUAAACACUUAAGUAUGUGAUUUAAUUAACUAGUAAAAAGGACAAUUGUAUUCUAUAUUUAAGAUUAUUGAUGAACUGCUGUUUUUGAAGAUAAAUGUCAUUUUAAUUGCAUGUGUUUGUCAGGUUGGGGAGGGGUGGUGAGAUACUGUAUUCAUGCAACGCCCCUCACGAAAAGGGUCCUAAUGGUUAUUGAUUUACAGUAUUUUGGCCAUAUUUCUUUUGUAUGUUUCAUUUCAACCACUGUUGCCUGAACCUCAUUCAAACAUGAAAUGAUUUUCAUAGCCUUCUCCUUUUAAAUGUUUUAAAUUGGAAUAAAAUAUGUUCCUAUACCC